AUGUGGAGAAGAGGAGAGGGGAGUGGUGUGGAGAGGAGUGAAGGGGAGUGGAGGGCAGAGGAGUGGGGAGUGGAGGGCAGAGGAGUGGAGGGCAGAGGAGUGAAGGGCAGAGGAGUGGAGGGCAGGGAGUGGAGGGCAGGGGAGUGGAGGGCAGGGGAGUGGAGGGCAGAGGAGUGGAGGGCAGAGGAGUGGAGGGCAGGGGAGUGGAGGGCAGGGGAGUGGAGGGCAGAGGAGUGGAGGGCAGAGGGUGGAGGGGAGUGGAGUGGAGGGCAGGGGAGUGGAGGGCAGGGGAGUGGAGGGCAGGGAGUGGAGGGCAGAGGAGUGGAGGGCAGUGGGGGAGUGGAGUGGAGGGCAGGGGAGUGGAGUGGAGGGCAGGGAGUGGAGGGCAGGGGAGUGGAGGGCAGGGGGUGGAGGGCAGGGGAGUGGAGUGGAGGGCAGGGGAGUGGAGGGCAGGGGAGUGGAGGGCAGGGGGUGGAGGGCAGGGGAGUGGAGGGCAGGGGAGUGGAGUGGAGGGCAGGGAGUGGAGGGCAGGGGAGUGGAGUGGAGGGCAGGGGAGUGGAGGGCUCUGGUCAUUAG